GUGGUUCGAGUGUUUGAGCAUGAUGGUAAUCCUCCUGAACUGUGUGACUCUGGGAAUGUUCCAGCCCUGUGAAGAUGUUGACUGUUCCUCUGACCGGUGCCAAAUUCUUCAAGUAUUUGAUGACUUCAUCUUUAUCUUCUUUGCAAUGGAGAUGGUAGUUAAGAUGGUGGCCUUGGGAAUUUUUGGAAAAAAAUGUUACCUUGGAGACACAUGGAAUAGAUUGGAUUUCUUCAUUGUAAUGGCGGGGAUGGUGGAAUACUCCUUGGAUCUCCAGAAUAUUAAUUUAUCUGCUAUUCGCACAGUGCGUGUCCUCAGACCUCUGAAGGCCAUCAACAGAGUGCCCAGUAUGCGGAUCCUGGUAAACUUGCUGCUGGAUACAUUGCCUAUGCUGGGGAAUGUCCUUCUUUUGUGUUUUUUUGUCUUCUUCAUCUUUGGAAUCAUUGGGGUGCAGCUUUGGGCAGGACUGCUUCGUAAUCGAUGCUUCUUAGAAGAGAACUUUACUAUACAAGGUGAUAUCACGUUACCACCAUAUUACCAGCCUGAAGAAGAUGAUGAAAUGCCAUUUAUCUGUUCAUUAUCUGGUGACAAUGGAAUCAUGGGGUGUCAUGAGAUCCGACCACUUAGAGAUCGGGGGCACGAAUGCUGCUUGGAUAAAGAGGACUAUUAUUACUACAACUCCAUCCGACAGGAGUUUAAUGUCAGCGGCAUGUGUGUCAACUGGAAUCAAUACUACAAUGUUUGUCGCACCAGCAACACCAAUCCACACAAGGGCGCAAUUAAUUUUGAUAACAUUGGUUAUGCUUGGAUUGUCAUAUUCCAGGUCAUUACAUUAGAGGGCUGGGUAGAGAUCAUGUAUUAUGUCAUGGAUGCACACUCCUUCUACAACUUUAUCUACUUCAUUCUCCUUAUAAUAGUUGGAUCGUUUUUCAUGAUCAAUUUGUGCCUGGUUGUUAUAGCCACUCAGUUCUCGGAGACGAAGCAAAGAGAACACCAGCUGAUGCAGGAGCAGAGGGCUUUGUAUUUAUCCUCCAGCACAGUCGCUAGUUAUGCCGAGCCAGGGGACUGUUAUGAGGAGAUCUUUCAAUAUGUCUGUCACAUCCUCCGAAAGGCCAAGCGACGUACAGUCGGGCUUUACACCAGCCUUCAAAGCAGAAGACAGAGUCGGAUUGAGCUCAACAGCGCUAAACUGGGUAUCAAUGGAAAAGAACAGCACCAACUGUGGGUAUGCCAAAAGCACAAUCAAUUGGAUUACACCCCGCAUGCAAUUGUACAACCCAUUGCAAUGACGUUAACAUCUGACCUUUCAAACUGCCCUCAAUGUACCAAAGGUAAUUGGGAUGAUGGACGAAAACUUUCAGUGCCAGACAGCACCAAGUCCAGCCAAGAAGGGACCCAGGGACAGGUCAGUGAGAAGGAAAGUGGUGGCAGCAUGACUGAGCUUGACAAAGAGGCUGAUGAAGAUGGCGAUGAAGGCUUUUGUGAAAGACUCUAUGUAGAAAUCCGUGUCAAGCUCAGAGGCAUAGUGGACAGCAAAUAUUUUAACCGUGGAAUCAUGAUAGCUAUUCUUGUGAACACAAUCAGUAUGGGCAUUGAGCACCACGAGCAGCCAGAAGAGCUCACCAAUAUUCUGGAGAUCAGCAACAUUGUCUUCACCAGCAUGUUUGCACUGGAAAUGAUGUUGAAACUUUCUGCUUUUGGUCUUUUUGACUAUCUGAGAAACCCAUAUAACAUCUUUGAUGGCAUAAUUGUCAUUAUCAGUGUCUGGGAGAUUAUAGGGCAGAAUGACGGUGGACUGUCAGUUUUGAGAACUUUUCGCCUCCUUCGAGUGCUGAAACUUGUGCGAUUUAUGCCUGCCUUGAGGAGGCAGCUGGUGGUCCUAAUGAAGACAAUGGACAAUGUGGCUACGUUCUGCAUGCUUCUUAUGCUCUUCAUCUUCAUUUUCAGUAUUCUUGGGAUGCAUAUUUUUGGAUGUAAAUUUAGUCUUAGAACAGACUCCGGAGACACUGUACCUGACCGGAAAAACUUUGACUCUUUGCUCUGGGCCAUUGUUACAGUCUUCCAGAUCUUGACACAGGAAGACUGGAACGUGGUGCUGUACAAUGGUAUGGCCAGUACAUCUCCAUGGGCUGCUCUCUACUUUGUGGCCUUGAUGACUUUUGGGAACUAUGUACUCUUCAAUCUACUGGUUGCUAUUUUGGUUGAAGGUUUCCAAGCAGAGGGCGAUGCCAAUAGAUCAUAUUCUGAUGAAGAAAGAAGCUCUUCAAACAUGGAAGACUGUGACAAAUAUCGUGAAAUUCAGGCAGGGUCAGAUCCAAAACUUUGCACCGUUCCAAUGACUCCAAAUGGACACCUUGAAAACACCCCUUUAACAAGCCAGCCAAUCACUGGAGGAGUAAUGAACACUUCCCGGAAUUCUCUACAGAGAGAUCAAAUGCUUGUAGCCAUGGACUGCAGGAAAAGUAGUGUAAUGUCAUUAGGCCGAAUGACCUACGACCAGAGAUCCCAGGCAGGAACCCGACCACCUCAGUGGAACAGAACUGGUGGAUGGGGCAGUCGUAGGUCCAGCUGGAACAGUUUAGGACGUCGCCCCAGUAUAAAGCCAAGACCAUGUACAGCUGAGCAUGAAUCUUUACUUUCUCGGGGAGAAGAUCAUAGGGAGAGAAUACAUUCCAGAAGAGCAUCCAGCCUAAAAAACAGGAGGGCUAUGUCUCUAGACAACAAAGGCUCUCCAGAUAUCCCAGAUCAUCCUGGAAUACACACAAAUCACAGGGCAACCAGCAAAGUAACUUGCUCCUCCGUAGAUUAUCAUGACCCAUCUGGAAAAGCAUCUCAGAUAAUGAAAGAUGUUUUCCCCAAGAUGAACAAUCGCAAAGACAAGGAAGAGGAAGAAGAGGAGAUUGAUUAUAGUUUAUGUUUCCGAAUCAGAAAAAUGAUUGAAGCGUAUCGGCCAGAUUGGUGUGAAUUACGGGAGGAUUGGUCCAUAUUCCUUUUCUCGCCUCAAAACAGGUUUCGCAUCAUGUGUCAGACAAUAAUUGCACACAAGCUCUUCGACUAUGUGGUCCUCGCAUUUAUUUUCCUCAACUGCAUCACUAUUGCUCUAGAGAGGCCUCAGAUUGAGCACAAGAGUACGGAGCGGCUGUUUCUCAGUAUAUCAAACUAUAUAUUUACUGCUAUCUUUGUAGCUGAGAUGACAUUAAAGGUGGUUUCUCUAGGACUUUACUUUGGAGACCAGGCAUAUCUCCGAAGUAGCUGGAAUAUUCUGGAUGGGUUCCUUGUUUUUGUGUCAUUAAUUGAUAUUGUGGUUUCUGUGGCAUCUGCUGGUGGAGCAAAAAUUCUAGGAGUUUUGAGAGUUUUACGUCUCUUGCGGACAUUACGACCUCUAAGGGUAAUCAGCAGAGCUCCAGGACUCAAACUGGUAGUAGAAACCCUAAUAUCUUCUCUAAAACCUAUUGGAAAUAUUGUCCUGAUCUGUUGUGCCUUCUUCAUCAUCUUUGGGAUCCUUGGGGUACAGCUUUUUAAGGGGAAAUUUUUCUACUGCCUUGGUGUAGAUGUUCGAAAUGUCACCAACAGGUCAGAUUGUGAAGCUGCCAAUUAUAAAUGGGUGCAUCACAAGUACAACUUUGAUAACUUAGGACAGGCCUUAAUGUCACUGUUUGUUUUGGCAUCAAAAGAUGGAUGGGUUAAUAUCAUGUAUAAUGGACUAGAUGCCGUUGCGGUGAACCAACAGCCCGUUACCAACCACAACCCCUGGAUGCUGCUCUAUUUCAUCUCCUUUCUGCUCAUUGUUAGUUUCUUUGUAUUAAACAUGUUUGUGGGUGUCGUAGUAGAGAAUUUUCACAAGUGCCGACAGCAUCAAGAAGCAGAAGAGGCUCGGAGACGAGAAGAGAAGCGUUUGCGACGCCUGGAAAAAAAGCGAAGGAAAGCCCAACGUUUGCCAUAUUAUGCCACCUACUGCCCUGCACGUCUCUUAAUUCACUCAGCCUGUACAAGCCAUUACUUGGAUAUUUUCAUUACUAUUAUCAUUUGCCUUAAUGUUGUCACAAUGUCAUUGGAGCACUACAGUCAACCAAAGUCACUAGAAAUUGCCCUGAAGUACUGCAACUACAUGUUUACUACAGUAUUUGUACUUGAAGCUGUUCUGAAGUUGGUGGCCUUUGGAUUUAGACGUUUUUUCAAGGACAGGUGGAACCAGUUGGAUCUGGCCAUCGUGCUCCUAUCUGUAAUGGGAAUCACUUUGGAAGAAAUUGAAAUUAAUGCUGCUUUGCCUAUUAAUCCCACUAUUAUCCGUAUUAUGAGAGUGCUACGCAUUACUAGAGUGUUAAAGCUGCUGAAAAUGGCCACAGGGAUGAGGGCGCUGCUAGACACUGUCGUGCAAGCUCUGCCACAGGUGGGAAACCUGGGUCUGCUCUUCAUGCUCCUCUUCUUUAUCUAUGCAGCUCUGGGGGUAGAGCUGUUUGGGAAACUAGUAUGCAAUGAUGAUCACCCUUGUGAAGGAAUGAGUCGACACGCUACUUUUGAGAACUUUGGAAUGGCUUUCUUGACUCUUUUCCAAGUUUCCACAGGAGAUAACUGGAAUGGAAUAAUGAAGGAUACGCUACGUGAUUGCACCAAUGAUGACCGCAGCUGCUUGAGCAACCUGCAAUUCAUCUCUCCUCUGUACUUCGUAAGCUUUGUGCUCACAGCUCAGUUUGUUCUGAUAAACGUGGUGGUUGCAGUAUUAAUGAAGCACCUGGAUGACAGCAAUAAAGAAGCGCAGGAGGAUGCAGAGCUGGACGCUGAAAUUGAAAUGGAGUUGGCUCAUGGCCUUUGUUCUCAAACAUCACCUGUUUCUGCUCUUGAUAAUGGAGGACGGGGAGGAAGACCAGCUACAGAAGGACAUCGUAACUUGAGGUGCUUUUCCCCAGCUCAGGAGAACUUGUGGCUGGACAGCGUUUCUUUAAUAAUCAAGGAUUCAUUUGAGGGAGAAUUGAUGAUUAUCGAUAACCUUUCUGGGUCCGUUUUCCAUCACUACUCUUCACCAGCAGUGUGUGAAAAGUGCAACCACGAUAAGCAGGAGGUCCAGCUGGCAGAAAUGGAGGCCUUUUCUUUAACCUCUGACAAGUCCUCUUCAGUAUUGACUGAUGAUCUCAGUUCAGACGAACAAGGUGUCGCAAGUCAGUUAAAGGAGAUGAAGGGAGGCCAGGACAGCCCAGAUUCUUUAGAUAUUGGAAUUUUUGGGGAAAACCUGUUCCCACUUGCUAGUAUUCCCGGUUCCCCUAUACCUGAUCGCUACCUGUGUGAGAUUGACAAAGUCUCAUUAACUCCAGCAGAGUCAUGGGACAGCUGGCUGAAAGAAGAGAGUAACACAGUUUCUUCUCAGCCAUGUCCAACAGACUCAUUGAUCCCCCUCUUGCCAGUCCCUGCAGAGUUCUUCCAUCCAUCUAUACCUACUACAGAUGCUGAUCCAGAAGACCAAUCUCUCAAGAAAAGUCUCCCCAAACUUUCUCCUCCAGAGUCUUGGGCAACACUACGUUCACCUGAUGUCAACUGCUCACUUCUUAGACAGACAACAGAAAGCAAUUCAUCAAUGGAAAGUGGUAGCCCUACCUCUGAAGAUAGCCUACAGACAACUCUUGAGGAUAGUUUAAAUCUAAGUGACUCUCCCCAGUGCACCUUGGAUCUCCCUGAUCUCCGUGUACCUCCUACAUCACAUCGUACCACUCUUCCUAUUUCUUCACUUUCCAUGGUACAGAGAAGAAGCAACCGCCCUAGCUUUGCACUUCAUAAAGUUCGCCGGCAUCAGCGGAGCCACAGCAGUGGCGGUAGCACUAGUCCUGGAUGUACUCUUCAUGAUUCUAUGGACCCUUCUGAUGAAGAAGGGGUAGGAGGAAGCCUAAGAGGAACAAGCGAGCCCUCAGAGACUUUUAGCAGUUUAUCCCUCACAUCCCUCUUUUCGCCACCUCCCUCCUUAACACCACCUGGCGGUGUAAUGAAAAAAUGUAGCAGCGUAAAUAGUCUAUCUGUUGCUUCCUCUAGGGUAAGAGGAGCAAAGCAAUUUUACACAGUUGAUCCACAGGGCUUCCUUUCAAUGCCAUCAUGGGUGAUGGAUUUUUACCAAACUUCUGCUCCCUCAGAGAACCAAGAGAAACGUAGCAGUUCCACAAAAUUACCAGCUGCGGAAAGAGGGAUUCCUACCAGUAGUGUCUCAGGAAAUGUGGAUUUUGGCAAUAAUAGUCGAAGGAACAGAUGA